UAUGUGUAUGCAGUGAGAUAUACAUACUAAAGACAUGGCAAUGGGAAGGGAGAUUUUGAGAAAGGAAGUACUUCCCUUUGUAGCAAUGAUAGUAGUGGUGUGUAUGCAGAUGGCAACAACCACAAUAGCCAAAGCAGUCCUCAACUCCGGGUUGAGCUCUCUUAUAUACGUCGUCUACUACAAUUCCCUUGGCGUCCUCCUCCUUCUUCCCGGAUUUAUCAUCCAAAGGCACAGAAGACAUGCACGAGCUCUGACCUUGUCUGUGCUGAGAAGAUGUUUCGUCGUUGGCCUGCUCGGGACAUGUGCGUUGGUUUUGGGUAACCAAGGGCUCAACUAUAGCUCUCCUACUCUCUCUGCAGGCAUAAGUAACUUGAUGCCUGGUUUUACAUUUGUGCUUGCAAUGAUUUUCAGGAUGGAGAAGUUUGAGGUGAAGAGAAGAACAUGGCAAGCAAAAUCAGUGGGCACACUUGUGUCAAUUAUAGGGGCAUCUAUCAUGACUCUAUAUCAAGGACCAACAAUCUUGGGAUCAUCUUCAACUUCUGAUUUGCCUCAUCAGCACUCUCUUCUGUCACAUGAAUAUUUCUCAAGGUGGGUGGUGGGAGGUGUUAUGCUUGUAGCCACAUACCUUUUUGCAUCUGGUUGGAGCAUUCUUCAGACAGCUACACUAAAGGAUUACCAAGAACAGAUCACAAUAGUGUUCUUCUCUACUUGCUUUGGUAGCAUCCAAUCUGCAAUUGUGUCACUACUCCUAGAAAGGAAGCUAGAUGCUUGGAAGUUGCAGCCUGGCAUUGGAAUGACUGCCAUUGUUGCUUCUGCGGUUUUAGAGCCUCUGUGUAACCAAAAUAUUACUGCUUUCUGCUUGAACAUGAAGGGUCCGCUUUACGUUGCCAUGUUCAAACCCCUGGGAGUUGUCAUUGCAGCAAUUCUGAAUCUCCUUUUUCUUGCAGACGCUCUUCAUUUAGGCAGUAUUAUUGGAUCAAUAAUCGUUAUUGUUGGAUUCUACGUGGUGAUGUGGGGCAUGUCGAGACAGCCACUGGAAAUUUUACGUGAAAGUGAAGCUGCUAAUGAAUCAUCCCAUCUGCUACAAAAGUAAACCGGCCUGGCCUCAUCAUCAUCAUCAUUUACUUAAAAUUAAAGAUUCCAUUAAAGUAGCUAGUGAUAGAUGAGGCCAAUACUGAUAAAUGUUCUGUAGUAGUGAACUUUAUUUGUGGUGGAAAAAACACACUGCGGUAGUUGCACGUGUUAGGUUGCAUCAAUGCUCCAAAGUACAUUUACAUGACA